AUGGCAUCUAUUGAAUCCCUUCUCAACCCAUUACCCGCAACAGAAUUCUUCAGACAACGCUACACAACAGCAAGCUCUUCUCCCCGACCGAAAAAUUUCCCACUUGAACGGAUGAAAAGGCCCAGAAUCCCCAAGGAUGCUCCCAUAUUCACACCCGGCAAGACUAGAGGAGAGCUACGGUACCCUCCGCAUGAAGAUGAUCAAGACGAGGAGUUGGUGAAGGAGCACAAGCGGUUCGAGAUCCAUCCCAUGGGUCAUGUUGCGGAGUAUCCUAGACAUAUUCCAUACAGUAGUGAAAAAAAGACUUUUCUGGAAAGGACUGGGCGGGAAAGUUUUGAAGUCUUUCAAUACACAUUCAAAAUCCCCAAUGAGGAUAAGACUUGGACGGUCAUGUGGGAUUACAAUAUUGGGCUGGUUCGGACGACGCAUCUGUUCAAAUGCAAUGAUUAUUCCAAGACAACACCAGCUAAGAUGCUGAACGCUAAUCCCGGCCUCCGAGAUAUCUGUCAUAGUAUCACAGGUGGAGCACUUGCAGCACAAGGCUACUGGAUGCCCUUUGAAGCUGCCAAAGCUGUUUCAGCUACAUUCUGCUGGAAUAUACGGCACGCACUAACGCCGUUGUUUGGGAAGGAAUUUCCGUCGCUAUGUAUACCGCCUGAUAGCCCUCAAUUUGGUAAAAUGGUUAUUGAUCCGGAUAUCGUUCGGAGAUCCACGGAGUUGGCAAAUGACUAUCGCCUGCAAGAGUUAGACUCG